UUGGGCUGAUAAAUGUCACCGUCUUUGCCAUAAACCAACGACUCUCUCUCUCUCUCUUUCUCUCUCUCAUCAAUCAAUGGCAGAAGAAACCCAACCAAGAUGGGAAGGCAAGGCCACAGCUGAACUGAAAGGGCCAACACCAGACCAAGUGUGGCCAUUCUUGGCGGAUUUUUGCAACGUUCACAAGGUGUUUCCCGCCGUUGAUACGUGCUGCCGAAUCGACGGCGUCCAGGGUCAGCCUGGCCUCAUCCGGUACUGUACCUCCACCGCGUUAGGCGACGAUUCAGACCCGUCGAAGCUCAAGUGGGCCAACGAAAGGCUCCUCAUGAUGGACCCUAGCAAGAAGUGCUUCAGCUACGAGGUCUUGGACAACAACAUGGGGUUCAAGAACUAUGUUGCCACAGUUAGAGUGAUGCCCAUGAAUGAUGAGGAUGGCAAGAUGCUUGGGUGCAUGAUUGAGUGGUCUUUUGUGUCUAAUCCAGUUGAGGGUUGGGGGCUCCAAGAUUUGAGCUCUUUUAUUGAUUUUGCCGUCCAAUCUAUGGCCAAGAAGAUAGAAAAUGCAAUCCAAGAAGCUAGUGGUUGAAGGGAGAAAGAUGUGAUCUCUCUUGUUGAUAGAUUAUGUAUGCUUUAAAUGAUUUCAAUAAGAUCAGGUUUGAUCUCUAAAGAUCGUGCUUUACA